AUGAGACUGAUAAUUAUUCUCACCACUUUGAUCAGCUUAUGUUUAGUGUUCCCCAUAUUUGAUAACUUCCCCCAGUUAUCCUUAUUACCCCAAUCCUUGUAUUGCAAAAAUAGGUUAAUCAAAUUGGCACCCAAUGAGUAUAGGUUGGUUUCUGAAGAUGAAAAGUUGAACCUAAAGAGAAGAAAUCAAAAUUUUAUCGAUAUGACGGGUCAAAUACCUAUUGAUGUUGCUGUUGAACAAGGUCUUGUCACGAAACCAGUGCUUUCGGUGUGGCAAAAAGUCUUUUUAAUUGGAUCGAAACAAAUCACGAGUUUGAAAAAGACAAUUCCAAUAUAUAACUACCCCAAAUCUACAAAAUACAAUAACGAAAUAAACAAGUUGUUUGCAUUAAUUGAUGUUGAUUUCAUGUUAAAAAAAUUGACAAAAUUUACUUCAUUUUAUUCGAGAUAUUACAGAUCCGAGAGUGGGCUGGAAAGUGCUAAUUGGUUGCAUGGACAAGUUCUUAAACUAGUUGGUGAAUUUAAGCAAAUUCAGGUGAAAAAGAUCCAUCAUGAUGGCUGGGAUCAGUUUUCUAUUAUUGUAUCAAUCCCAGGAGAAGUCAAGGAUAAAGUCGUUGUUGGAGCUCAUCAAGAUUCAGCAAAUUUGAUUCUCCCAAGUAUAAUGAAGGCACCUGGUGCUGACGACGAUGGAUCUGGCUCUAUCACAAUUUUGGAAUCGUUGAGACUUAUUCUUGAAGCUUACGCAAAUGGCUCAUUUAAGCCAUAUAAUACUUUAGAGUUCCAUUGGUACUCAGCCGAGGAAGGAGGCUUAUUAGGAUCGAUUGAUGUAUUCUCGAGAUAUUCCAAUGCAUCUGAAGUUGUUGUUGGUAUGUUGCAGCAAGAUAUGACGGGAUAUGUUCAAGGCACGAUCGAUGCAGGCGUCGAACCCCAUUUUGGUUUAAUUUCAGACUACACCAGUGUUGAGCUUAACAAUUUUCUCAAACUAAUCAUCAAAGCUUAUAAUUCAAUCCCGUAUCAUGAAAGCAAAUGUGGCUAUGCUUGUUCUGAUCAUGCCAGUGCCUUGGAGAAUGGAUACCCAUCGUCUUUUCUCAUUGAAAGCGAGAUGAAAUACUCCAACAAGUAUAUACACUCAGUAAUGGACACGAUUGAUAGAUUAGAUUGGGACCAUAUAAAGGAACAUGUCAAAUUGACAGUUGCAUAUGCUUAUGAAUUGAGUCUGGCAAAGGAUUUGCAUUAA